CAACCGAUAAUACUAUUCUCUAUUUUUCAACAUCGAAGACUGAAGAAAGGAUGAUGAUGAUGAUGUUACCAGAAUCAUGCGUGGCGAAUAUACUCUCCUUCACAACUCCGGCCGACACGUUCUCCUCGGCGUCCGUUUCCUCUGUUUUCCGGCUCGCCGGAGACUCUGAUUUUGUCUGGGAGAAGUUUCUACCUUCCGAGUACAGCCGAUUCAUCUCUAGCUCGACUCAUAAGAGUUUCUCAUCCAAAAAGGAGCUCUAUCGAUGUCUCUGUGAAUCAGUUCUCAUCGAUAAUGGCAGAAAGAUAUUCAAGAUCGAGAAGCUGACAGGGAAGAUAUCGUAUGUUCUGUCGGCAAGAGAUCUUUCCAUAACUUGGAGCGAUCAACGACAUUACUGGUCUUGGAGCCAUCGAUCAGAUUCAAGAUUUUCGGAAGGGGUCCGACUUAUAAUGACGGACUGGUUAGAAAUCAUUGGAAAAAUCCAAACCGGAGCUCUAUCACCGAGCACGACUUAUGGAGCUUAUCUUAUUAUGAAGGUGACAGAACGAGCAUAUGGACUAGACUUAGUUCCGGCCGAGACUUGGAUAAAAGUGAGAAAUGGUGAGAAGAAAACAAAGAUGAGUUAUCUAAGUUGCUUGGAAAACAAGAAACAGCAAAUGGCCAAGAAGGACGUAAUUUUCGGAUAUUAUCGGAGGGAGCCUGAGAUGCGAGAAGACGGGUGGAUGGAGAGGCUAGGAGAGUUCGAGACAGGACCAGAAGGUGACGAGGACAAGGAGGUUGUGAUGAGUCUAACCGAAGUGAAAGGGUAUCAGCUGAAGGGUGGGAUUGUAAUUGAUGGGAUUGAGGUCAGGCCAAAACCUCAAAAAAGUGAGCUGCUGAGUUAAAGACGAGUGCCAAAUAUUUGGGUUAAGUUAGUUAAUUGUGUUUAGUUUAGUUUGGAAAAUGGUACGAUGAGAAAAUUAAGGAGGGGUUAGUGGGAGACUAAUUUGUAAAGAUUUGAAGAAUUUUAAGAUUCUAUUGUUAUUGGUAACAUAAUUCUUAAAGUUCUAAAAAGUCUUUUGUUAUUGGUGUGGUGAAUUUAUAAUUCCAUAUAAAUCUUUUGUUAUUGGGAUAAUGAUUUUGUAAAUCAA